UAAAUAGCUGCACUGCAAAAAAAUGGCUGUUGUUGGUGGUGGCAACUGCUUUAUAAGUGUCUAUUGGUUCAAAAUGCUUGCAAAAAGUGUCUAAUGGUUCUAACAUGCUUGCAAAAAGUGUCUCUAUUGGUUCUAAAAUGCUUGCAGAAAGUGUCUCUAUUGGUUCUAAAGCUUGCAAAAAUGUCCAUUGGCUGUUGUUGUGGUAACUGCUUUUAAAAGGCUGCACUGCAAAACAAAAAUGGCUGUUGUUGUUGGUGGUAACUGCUUUUAAACGCUGCACUGCAUAAACAAAUGGCUGCUUGUGGUGGUGGUAAUUGCUUUUUAAAUGGCUGCACUGCAAAAUAAAUGGCUGUUGUUGAUGGUGGUAUCUGCUUUUAAACGCUGCAUUGCCAAAAGAAAAGAAGGCUGUUGGUGGUGGCAACUGCUUCAUAAGUGUCUAUUUGUUUUAACAUGCUUGCAAAAAGUGUCUAUUGGUUCUAACAUGCUUGCAAAAAGUGUCUCUAUUGGUUCUAAAAUGCUUACAAAAAGUGUCUCUAUUGGUUCUAAAAUGCUUGCAGGAAUUGUCUUUUGGUUCUAAAAUGCUUGCAGAAAGUGUCUCAAUUGGUUCUAAAGCUUGCAAAAAGUGUCUAUUGGUUCUAAAAUGCUUGCAAACGGUGUCUAUUGACUUGUUGUGGUAACUGCUUUUAAAAGGCUGCACUGCAAAAAGAAAAUGACUGGUGUUGGUGGUGGUAACUGCAUUUAAAUAGCUGCACUGAGAAAACAAAUGACUUGUUAAAAAUACACAAAGUGCUGGUGUAACAGAGGGUCAGGCAACAUUUUUGGAGAACGUGUAUAGGUGACGUUUCGGAUAGUGACCAUUCUUCAGACUCUGUUUUCAGCGACUCGCUUCGUGUUUUUUUUUACUCGAUCCUUAAAUUAUUCGCUGGUAAUCUCCCUUGGUGGACUCAAUGUCUGUGACCCAAGGUGUUUGUUCCGUGAGUGUCACUAAUGCCAAUCAGCAGGUAUGAGGUAAUGUCGCUGGAGAAAUAUCGCUCUAUAUAUCUCGGUGCCCACCAGAAGGCAUCGCCACAGAGCUACAGCGAUGACGGACUGACGGAGCCACAGUAGUUAAUUGUGUCUUCCAGCUAUGGGUUACCCAUUGAUCUAUCGAAUUGAAGAUAUAUAUUACCCUGUAAUAGCGGCUGUCGCUGUUUUCGGUAAUUUGAUUUGUCUCUGAUUUACAUGUACGCGCAUUAGCUGUGAGACAUUUCGUAAACUCCGGCGCUGCCGGCGUUAAACAAACAUUGUUUAUUGUUCAAUCAUUCACUUGUUUAAUUUGUUCAGACAUCCAUUUUCCUACUGUAACUGUCGCAAUGUGAACACCAUGCCCGUUGUUUAUCCUGGCCUGGAUCACUGGCUGUACUGAUUGCGCCGGAUAGAGGCAUGACCAGCGAGCAGGUAUCAGAUAACCACACCCUGAUAUGUUGGUCAGGAGCUGAGAAAAUGGCAACUUGGGUUCCUUCCGUCAAGAGUGUGAAACCAGUUUGUGAAAUUGCAUCUCUUCUCAAUCGGACAAACGUGCUUAACUGAAUAUAUAAUCGAUAUAUUUUCUGCGCUCGUCGCUGCGUGAAGUGUAAUCCCGCUUUAGACCUGUAAAGCUACAGCUCAUGAGAUAAAGCAAAUGAAUGUCACGAGCUGUGAUCUGACUCUAUGAAAGUGUCACCACUUUACUAUGAUGUACACUCAGGUGUUAAUUCAGAUGUAAACGGAUGCUGUCGCGUAAUUUUAUAUCAGUUAAUGUUAUGUAUCUUGAUAUCGGUCCGUUGGCGGGGCCUUUCAUCGCCCGUCGCGGCUUAAAAUCAACCUGCUGCAUCCAGGCGAUCGAGGCUCCCGAUGUUGAAGGUCCCGCGAACGGGUCGAUUCAAUGCAGGUUUGUAUUGCUUGUCGGAGAGGAAUUUCCUCACGUUGCUUGUCGAUGAAGAAAAAUCGAUCGGCCUUCCGUUCCCGAUUUUUUUUUUUUUUUUUAAUCGCUGGACAAUUUAAUAGUUGGAUUAAAGUAAAACGCGACUUCUACCGCCCUCAACACCUUCAACGUGACGGAUCGCAAUAUCAGGACUAAUCAAAAGGCAAGUCGUUUAUUUCACAUAUAAUCUUGCUUCAUGACGUGGCUUUGGUCUAAUGUUACGAUGCGAAAAUGUUAUUUAGGCCCGAUACGUAGCGGCCGUGUCUUGGCUGCCGAUAUAGAAACAUAGAAACAUAGAAAUUAUGUGCAGGAGUAGGCCAUUCGGCCCUUCGAGCCUGCACCGCCAUUGAAUAUGAUCAUGGCUGAUCAUCCAACUCAGUAUCCCGUACAUGCCUUCUCUCCAUAUACCCCCUGAUCCCCUUAGCCACAAGGGCCAUAUCUAACUCCCUCUUAAAUAUAGCCAAUGAACUGGCCUCAACUACCCUCUGUGGCAGAGAGUUCCAGAGAUUCACCACUCUCUGUGUGAAAAAAGUUCUUCUCAUCUCGGUUUUAAAGGAUUUCCCCUUUAUCCUUAAGCUGUGACCCCUUGUCCUGGACUUCCCUAACAUCGGGAACAAUCUUCCUGCAACUAGCCUGUCCAACCCCUUAAGAAUUUUGUAAGUUUCUAUAAGAUCCCCUCUCAAUCUUCUAAAUUCUAGAGAGUAUAAACCAAGUCUAUCCAGUCUUUCUUCAUAAGACAGUCCUGACAUCCCAGGAAUCAGUCUGCUGAACCGUUUCUGCACUCCCUCUAUGGCAAUAAUGGCCUUCCUCAGAUUUGGAGACCAAAACUGUACGCAGUACUCCAGGCGUGGUCUCACCAAGACCCUGUACAACUGCAGUAGAACCUCUCUGCUCCUAUACUCAAAUCCUUUUGCAAUGAAAGCUAACAUACCAUUCGCUUUCUUUACUGCCUGCUGCACCUGCAUGCCUACCUUCAAUGACUGGUGUACCAUGACACCCAGGUCUCGCUGCAUCUCCCCCUUUCCCAAUCGGCCUCCAUUUAGAUAAUAGUCUGCUUUCCUGUUUUUGCCACCAAAAUGGAUAACCUCACAUUUAUCCACAUUAUACUGCAUCUGCCAAACAUUUGCCCACUCACCCAGCCUAUCCAAGUCACCCUGCUGUCUCCUAGCAUCCUCCUCACAGCUAACACUGCCCCCAGCUUAGUGUCAUCCGCAAACUUGGAGGUAUGGGCUUAACAUUUACGGCUAUGGAUAACGUUCCAAUCUAUCACAUUCCAGAAAUACCCACUCGCAAGAUGAUUUAAAUCCUCGUUUUCUUUGGACAAUCAUUUCAUGAGAGCAGCUACAUCGUUUAUAUUUUGUGUUAUUGUCUAUCCAUAAUCAAUAUUUUCGUACUAAAUAUCCACAACAGUUUUAGUCACAUGUAUUGUGUAAUAAAUAAUAAUUUUGAUUAUAUUGCGAUUGGAUGUUUCUAGAUUAAUUUAUGGGAAUUAAACAUUAAAUUCCUUCCAUUUGACCUAUAAGUUAAUGACACUGAGAUUUAUAAAUCAUAUUAUAUUGUGAAUUAUUUUUCGGAAUGGGAUCAGUUUGUUAUUUGGAUUCUUAGGCUAUUUAAAAUUUUUAACCUUUUUUUCUGAAAUGGACAAAUGUUUAGAUCUAGUAAUUGAAGUUAGAUGCAUUUAAUUGAUUAGGUGAAUUUAGCUGAUGAAUAUGAUUUUUUUUGUUGGGUAUUCACUAUUUGUUUUAGCAUUUAACUAUAAUUUCUUCCUUUUUUCUAAAACUGCAAAUAAUAACUUGUUUCUGUUAAUGCUGUUCAGUGUUUUUUUUUUCCCCCUUUACAUUUUAAAACAGAUGUUUACGAAGAAGAAAGGCAAGAUUGUCAAUCCAAAUGUCCAGCGAAAGCGACUGAUUUAGACAGCAUUUGCAGACUACUCCAAAUGUGAUUCCCUUUCUUAAUGGGAAAGUAGUGGUCAGAAAGCAUGCCAUGCGUGGUUUAAAGAGCAAUAACUUGUAGUUUACAAUGUCAAAAUUGAAAAGUUGAGGAAAAACAAGGUGUACAGAGUUGCUUAUUGGUUACAAUCUGAGGAGUAUUACGAUGCUACUGAUUAUGAUAUGCCAAUGUACCAGCUAGCAACUGAUCUUCUUCAUAAAGACUUGGUCUAAUGCUAGAAAUUGUAAUUUAUUUACCUAUCUGUUGCGGACUUACAGCAUAUAAUACAAUAAUAUUAAAGUUCUGAUCUUGAGAAUAUCACUAGUUGAAUUUUCAAGCCAGUCUGGGUGUUUAUCACUAUUUCCGUCACAACGGUCAAUUUUGUAAUUAGUUACAAUUAGGUAACGAACUAAUUAUAUGCUUUAAUUUCAGGUCAUCCAAGUAAGAUGUUUUAUAUUUGUUUUGGAAUGUUUCAAUCUAUAAUAACUGAACAUUUCAUUCAGUUCUCUUAAUUUUAUGAAAGUUAUGGGCUUUUGACUGUCCUUGAUCACAGCUUUGGUGUUAAGUCAAUGGAAAAGCAAAACGGAACAAGAUGCUAAUUUCCGAAUAUGAGAAUGGCCAUAGCUUUUUUUAAUACUGAAGAUAUGCAAGUGAAUUAGGUGUCAAAUUUAAGUUAUUGUUAUGUUUUAUCUGAUGGGACAAAUUACCGGCUUGAUUUAAAAAAUCUGAAAAUUGUGUAACAUUCCUAUACAUUGGUGUUUGAUGAGUCGCGUGGGCACCUUGAUUCAAAGGCUGUAGUCCCCGAACUUUGACUGGGCUAAAGGUCAUUUGGACAACGAAAUUUGAAGUUUGCAAACCUUCCCAUCAGACAAUGUUCCUCGGAUGCUUUUGUGCGGGCCUUAUGUCAGUAAUAUCUCUUCUCUCCUUCACAGUGAACUUGUUGGCGAUUGUGAUUCUCUGUCGAGGUAAAUGCGGUCUCUCCAAAUGCAUCACUCUCUACCUGGUGGCCAUGGCAGCGUCUGAUCUCCUGGUCGGCAUCACCGAUCCGUUUCUGCGUAAGACUAUUCGAAUUUACUUCACAUAUUCGUUGCUGAGCAUGACUACCGAAGUCCUGGUCUUUACAUCCACCGCGAUCUCUGUCUGGCUGACGGUGGCCUUCACCUUCGAUCGGUUUGUGGCUAUUUGUUGUGAAAAGCUGAAAACAAGAUAUUGCACUGAGAGAACAGCGGCUGUGAUUAUCGGGGCAGUGAGUGUGCUGGGCUGUUUAGAGAACAUCCCCUGGUAUUUUACGUUAGUACCUGUCUACGUGUUUGAUAAUGUUCCCUGGGGUUGCUACGUCAAACCCACCUUCUAUACGUCGUCUGCAUGGAUCGCGUAUGGUGUCACACACCGCGUUCUAACCCCUUGUAUCCCGUUCUUUCUGAUUCUUCUGCUCAAUGUGCUGACGGUCAGGCGGAUUGUAGCGGCCAGCAGAGUCCGCAGGGGUCUCCGGGACCGCAGCAACCGAGAGAAUGACAAGGACCCGGAGAUGGAGAACCGCAGGAAAUCAAUUGUUUUACUCUUUAGUAUCACGGGCACUUUCAUAUUGCUGUGGGCAACGCAAGCUUUCUUUUACAUAUUUACAUCUAUUGCGAAGGUGCGAGUUGACGACAACCCCACCGGUAAUUACUACAUCACAAGGGCCACGUCGGGGUUCCUGCAGCUGCUCAGUUCCUGCACUAACACGUGUAUUUACGUGGUGACCCAGAGUAAAUUCAGGGCUGAGCUGAUGAACGCGGUUAAAUUCCCAGUGAGUGUAAUUCGUGCACUUGUACGUCCGUGACCCUCUGAGACCAACGCCGAUAGUUCAACAUACAUUUGCUCCCAUCAGUUUCUUCUCCCAAUAUUCCCACCCAACUGCUCAGAAUCUCCACUACUUACAUAGAACAGCUUGCAAUGGUCAUUUGAACCACCACUCGUAGAAGUUGUAUGUUGCACAUCUCUGCAGAUCUCUCCUGGUCCGAGAACACUGAUGCAAUUAUAAAGAAAGCACAUCAGCGCCUCUACUUUCUGAGAAGUUUACGGAGAGUCGGUAUGUCAAGGAGGACUCCCUCUAACUUCUACAAGUGCACAGUAGAGAGCAUGCUGACCGGUUGCAUCGAGGCUUGGUUCGGCAACUUGAGCGCCCAGGAGCGGAAAAGACUACAAAAAGUUGUAAACACUGCCCAGUCCAUCAUCGGCUCUGACCUCCCUUCCAUCGAGGGGAUCUAUCGCUGUCGCUGCCUCAAAACGGCUGGCAGCAUCAUCAAGGACCCACACCAUCCUGGCCACACACUCAUCUCCCCUCUACCUUCAGGUAGAAGGUACAUGAGCCUGAAGACUUCAACGUCCUGGUUCAGGAAUAGCUCUUCCCCACAGCCAUCAGGCUGUUGAACUCAACUCAAACAAAACUGAACAUUACUAGCCCAUUAUCUGUUUAUUUGCACUUUAUCUGUUUAUUUAUUCAUGUGUGUAUAUAUUUAUAAUCAUAUACGGACACACUGAUCUGUUCUGUAUUCAUGCCUACCAUAUUCUGUUGUGCUGAAGCAAAGCAAGAAUUUCAUUGUCCCGGUUUGGACACAUGACAAUAAACUCUGUAUUAUAUCACUGAAUCUGUCACUUUGGCUCAAUUCGUCUCUGCUAGCUCAUCACCGCGUGUCCCAUUUGCCCCCGAUUUCCUGACAUUCAUGUUAACCUUUCCUAUAAAUGCACCCUUCCGAUCAUGUUUUAAAUAUCGCGACUGUUUCACUACAGCACGUCUGCGGGGUUUGAGACUUAACAUGAGAAGCGGGGGGAAUCCCUGCCGUCAGUGGGAUAACAUGAUCCUAUAAAUUAAUCCAGUGUGGAUAAGAGCUCAUUAGAAGCACAUUAUCUGGACGUUUUUUUGGAAUUUAGUUUUAAAUGGAAAGUCGUGCAAGAAUGUAAAACCGGAAGGUGUUCUGUACCUUCGUGACAUUCUGAUCUGCUGAGUGUCAUUGGCUCGCAGGCAACAACCAGAAGCUCAGGAACGAAUCAAAGUAAAUAGCCGUGUGAACCGUCAUUAGAAAAUCCACCGUCGAAAUUGACAGACAGUGUUUUGGCCUUGUCCACACUUUCUACUUAUCGAGUCCACACACAAUAUUAGAGGUCGUUCAGUCAGAGCUGAACACACUUCUCGGCAUCUGCACAAUGGUGUCCGUCUUACACUUCUUGUACGUGGUGGUGGAAACAUGGCCGUGAUGUGAACGCUCUUUCCUUGAGCCCUUGUCUCCGCCAAGCGAGCGACAGGAGAAGCAUGUUCAGACCCUAGGGUCUGUCAUAGAAACAUAGAAAUUAGGUGCAGGAGUAGGCCAUUCGGCCCUUCGAGCCUGCACCGCCAUUCAAUAUGAUCAUGGCUGAUCAUCCAACUCAGUAUCCCGUACCUGCCUUCUCUCCAUACCCUCUGAUCCCCAUUAGCCACAAGGGCCACAUCUAACUCCCUCUUAAAUAUAGCCAAUGAACUGGCCUCGACUACCCUCUGCGGCAGAGAGUUCCAGAGAUUCACCACUCUCUCUGUGAAAAAGGUUCUUCUCAUCUCGGUUUUAAAGGAUUUCCCCCUUAUCCUUAAGCUGUGACCCCUUGUCCUGGACUUCCCCAACCUCGGGAGCAAUCUUCCUGCAUCUAGCCUGUCCAACCCCUUAAGAAUUUUGUAAGUUUCUAUAAGAUCCCCUCUCAAUCUCCUAAAUUCUAGAGAGUAUAAACCAAGUCUAUCCAGUCUUUCUUCAUAAGACAGUCCUGACAUCCCAGGAAUCAGUCUGAUGAACCUUCUCUGCACUCCCUCUAUGGCAAUAAUGUCCUUCCUCAGAUUUGGAGACCAUAACUGUACGCAAUACUCCAGGUGUGGUCUCACCAAGACCCUGUACAACUGCAGUAGAACCUCCCUGCUCCUAUACUCAAAUCCUUUUGCUGUGAAAGCUAACAUACCAUUCGCUUUCUUCACUGCCUGCUGCACCUGCAUGCCUACUUUCAAUGACUGGUGUGCCAUGACACCCAGGUCUCGCUGCAUCUCCCCUUUUCCUAGUCGGCCACCAUUUAGAUAAUAGUCUGCUUUCCUGUUUUUGCCACCAAAAUGGAUAACCUCACAUUUAUCCACAUUAUACUGCAUCUGCCAAACAUUUGCCCACUAACACAGCCUAUCCAAGUCACCUUGCAGUCUCCUAGCAUCCUCCUCACAGCUAACACUGCACCCCAGCUUAGUGUCAUCCGCAAACUUGGAGAUAUUGCCUUCAAUUCCCUCAUCCAGAUCAUUAAUAUAUAUUGUAAAUAGCUGGGGUCCCAGCACUGAGCCUUGUGGUACCCCACUAGUCACUGCCUGUCAUUGUGAAAAGGACCCGUUUACUCUUACUCUUUGCUUCCUGUUUGCCAGCCAGUUCUCUAUCCACAUCAAUACUGAACCCCCAAUGCCGUGUACGUUAAGUUUGUAUACUAAUCUCUUAUGUGGGACCUUGGCGAAAGCCUUCUGGAAGUCCAGAUACACCACAUCCACUGGUUCUCCCCUAUCCACGCUACUAGUUACAUCCUCGAAACAUUCUAUAAGAUUCGUCAGACAUGAUUUACCUUUCGUAAAUCCAUGCUGACUUUGUCCAAUGAUUUCACCACUUUCCAAAUGUGCUGCUAUCCCAUCUUUAAUAACUGACUCUAGCAGUUUCCCCACUACCGAUGUUAGACUAACUGGUCUGUAAUUCCGUUUUCUCUCUCCCUCCCUUCUUAAAAAGUGGGGUUACGUUUGCUACCCGCCAAUCCUCAGGAACUACUCCAGAAUCUAAAGAGUUUUGAAAGAUUAUUACUAAUGCAUCCACUAUUUCUGGAGCUACUUUGUUAAGUACUCUGGGAUGCAGCCUAUCUGGCCCUGGGGAUUUAUCGGCCUUUAAUCCAUUCAAUUUACCCAACACCACUUCCCGGCUAACCUGGAUUUCACUCAAUUCCUCCAACUCCUUUGACCCGCGGUCCCCUGCUAUUUCCGGCAAAUUAUUUAUGUCUUCCUUGGUGAAGACGGAACCAAAGUAGUUAUUCAAUUGGUCCGCCAUAUCCUUGUUCUCCAUGAUCAACUCACCUGGUUUCUGACUGCAAGGGACCUACAUUUGUCUUAACUAAUCUCUUUCUUUUCACAUAUCUGUCCCACUGCACGAAGUAAUUCAAGAGUUCUCCCUAGUUUUCCCCCCCGAUUCGAACUCGGGAAUGUCUGUAGCGGGUCCGUAGGAGAUCGUGGGUGUCUCGUAGCGGCUCGUAAUGCUAACGGUAGUACUCGGGAAAUCCGAUAAAGUCGUGACGUUUUUUCAACAUGUUGAAAAAUGUCCACGAAUAAAUAAAUACUCGUACGACCCGUGUAUCCGCAUCACAAAUGCUGUCUGACCCAUUGAGUACUGAACUGCCCCACGCUGCAGGAUGCAAAGGAUUUGGAGAGGGCGUUCAAAUGUUAGCAUGUUGGUGAAAAUGCAAAGGCUGGAAGAAGGCAGAGUUCAAUUGAGAUGUGUGGUGCAUGUUUCUAUGUGUAUAGUGUGAUCGAUGCCUGAAAUGUUCUUCUCGUGUCGGUGGUGGAGGCUGUGAGAAUCAAUGGAGUUAAUGUGGCAUUUCUAUGGGCAUAUGGAUGUGCCAUAGAGACCUGAGAGAUCUCCAUCAAUUUGAGUAAGCUGAUUACAUUAAUUUUUUCUUGACAUCAUGUUCGACACAGACUUUGCCUUCCCCCGUGUUGCAUAGUAACAUAGAAAGAAGGUGCAGGAAGAGGCCAUUCGGCUCUUCGAGCCAGCGCCACCAGUCAUUGUGUUCAUGGCUGAUCGUCCCCAAUCUAGCCAAUAGUUUUAUAAGUCGACCAGACUAAGUGGGACCCAUU